AUGUCGACAAAACCUUUGGACACAUUCAUUUUGAAUUCUGUGUCCUUACUAGAAGCCAAUCCAUCAGAAUCGUUAGUUUCGAUCAACUACAAGAACGGAGAUGGUCACUCUAAGGUCCAUUUUAAAACUCACAAUCCCCAUUUGGGGACUACUUUCAAGUACAGUACUUGUAAAUUGAAAGACGUUUCCAGACUCCUGAGUGCUUUGGGACCUCGAGGCGUGUCUGUGACGAGCGGAAAAAUCGAGAAACAGAGAAACAAGAAGAAAGUCAAGGAUGUGCGUGGGAUGAGUACGUUGCUGGUGAAUGCCGUCGUUCCGGAAGCUGUAGAAGAAGUAUCACAGACCGGUGCCUCGACGAGCUCGAAGAAGAAUAAGAAAAAGAAUAAGAACAAGCGGCGCUAG